AUGAGGUGGACCGGACACGUAAUGCGUAUGAAUGGAAACCGAUGGAAACAGGAGCCGUUAGUGACUGUGUUCCUCAGGAUGUUAAGCGCACUGCAGGAAGAGCACCGACUCGAUGGUCAGCGUUAUUCACGAAAAGCCUUGAAGAAAGAUAUGAUGUUCGACGAGUCUCUAGAGCGAGCAGAACCCACUGGGCUACUCUUGCACGCAAGGAGGAAAAAUGGAAUACUUGCGCCCGCUCGAGUUACUCGGCGUUCAACGGGACUGCAGGUGAUACAAGUGAAAGGUGAUCGAGAAAUUGUAAAUGGGUCACCUGUGUCACCUGUAAUUUUUUCAAACCCACAACAACUAGGAUGGGAACAGUUGCCACUAUAUCCUUUCAUGCCCAACCCGUUCUGA